UUCUCUGCUCAGUUCCCAGAAUGCACUGCAGGGCACUGACCUGUCCUCUUCUGCCAGUCCGCUUUUGUCCUUCAUCUUACGAGGUUUGCUCUGUUUCAACACAGUCAAAUUGGGAAUAAGACAUCUAAUCCAGCAGGAUGAGGCUGGCUGCAUGCCUGUGCUUCCUGUGGCUGCCAUGUCUGCUCUCGGUCACCUUGGCUGCGGUCGACGUCUGCUACACCAAACCUAAAAGCCUGCACCUGGAGCCCAUGUGUGUGCACCGCAGUCCUAUACUCCAUAGUGAUGUUCUGGAGGCAGACAAAACCCCAGAGAACAUUCCGGAAGGCACCAACCCGCGGGUGUGGGAGCUGUCCAAGGCCAAUAGCCGCUUUGCCCUUCGGUUCUAUAAGCACAUGGUGAAGACCAGGUCUCCAGAAACCAACAUCUUCAUGUCACCGCUCAGCAUCUCCACUGCCUUUGCUAUGACCAAGCUGGGGGCCUGCAAUAACACCCUGGAGCAGCUCAUGGAUGUAUUUGAGUUUAACACUAUCAAGGAGAAGACAUCUGAUCAAGUUCACUAUUUCUUUGCAAAACUGAACUGCCGGCUGUAUCGCAGAAAAGACCAGUCCAUUGAACUGGUCUCAGCUAACCGCUUAUUUGGAGAAAAAUCCUUUGUUUUCAAUGAGACCUUCCAAAACAUCAGUGAGGUUGUGUAUGGAGCCAAGCUGAUGCCACUCAAUUUCAAGGAGAAACCAGAGUUAUCUCGACAAAUUAUCAACGAGUGGAUCUCCAACAAGACAAAGAAUAAGAUCCAAGAGACACUCCCUGAGAAUGCCAUUGAUUCCAGUGCAGUGCUGGUCCUCGUCAACACCAUCUAUUUUAAGGGUCAGUGGAGCAGUAAAUUCAAUAAGGAACAUGUGUUCAAGGACGAUUUCUCUCUUGGAGCUUCAAAAACUUGCCCCGUGUCCAUGAUGUACCAGGAGAAUGAAUUCCGGUACGGAAAGUUCAAAGCAGACAAUGUCCAGGUGCUUGAGCUUCCAUACAAAGGAGAAGAAAUGUCAAUGGUGCUGAUUCUCCCCUUCAGAAAAACACCACUUUCAGAGAUUGAGAACAACCUACAACUGAAGAAACUGACAGGUUGGCUGGAUUCCUUGAGGCCAACAACCGUGUCUAUUCAGAUCCCACGUUUCCACAUAGAGGACAAAUUCAGCCUGAAGGAGAAGUUGGAGGCCUUGGGCCUAAAGGACCUCUUUGACCCCAGUCAAGCAAACUUGCCAGGUAUUGGUACAGAAGAAGGGAAUAACCUGUACAUUUCUGAAGCCUAUCACAAAGCAUUUUUGGAGGUAAAUGAGGAGGGCAGCGAGGCAGCUGCCGCCACUGCUGUGGUCGCUUAUGGGCGCUCCAUCAAUUUCAGUCGUGAGGAAUUCAUUGCAGACAGACCCUUCCUCCUGCUCAUUCGGGCGAUCUCCACUAACACCUUCAUAUUCACUGGCCGAGUGUCGGACCCCUGUGACAGCACCUAGCUAUGCGUACAUCACAUACACCUGUAUGCAAAGCCAGGGGGCAACGCAAUCUUGCAUUCAGUGUCUUCUGA